GUUUCCGCUGAACUCCAUGCGAAACGUUUAUGUGAACCCCGCACACCUGUUUGAGAAUUCAAGAUGGCGGCCUACGAAAUCGGUAUGGUUGUUUCAGGAGAGUAGACGGGAAAAUGAUUGCUGCCGAGUCCCUGAGAUGAGAUGAAGAGUAGGCACGGGAGAGAAAUAUUGGGCUUUGUGCUACAAUAAAGCAAUAAAAUGGCGGCAGAUACGGGUACGAGUACGAGACGGCGAGUGAAGCUGUACAUGUUGAAUGAGAACAGAACAUGGGAUGAUCGAGGGACCGGUCAUGUCUCGUAUGCCUAUGUCGAACGGUUAAAAGGAAUGUCUCUUUUGGUGCUAUCAGAAACCGAUGGAUCGUUAUUGCUGGAAUCAAAAAUACUUCCAGAUACAGCUUACCAAAAACAGCAGGAAACCCUGAUUGUGUGGUCUGAAGGAGAGAACUAUGACUUGGCACUCAGCUUUCAAGAGAAAGCUGGAUGUGAUGAAAUCUGGGAGAAGAUUUGCCAGCAAACCCAACUUCAGCACUCACAAAAUAUUCUGUCAUGGCGACGAAGUUUACAGGUUCAAGGGAAAGAUCCCUCUGUUGAUAUCACUCAAGAUAUUGUGGAAGGGGAGUCUGAAGAAGAACAUUUUGAUGAGAUUCCAGAUGCAGCGCCACCUAUAGAGUUACCACCUUGUGUAAUAUCAACUUUAGAGGAGAUAUCAGAGUUAUUCACAAGUGUUCUUCCCUCUCCUAUACGGAGAGAGAAACUGGCUGUUGCCAUUGAAAAUGAAAAUUACAUCAAAAAGCUGAUAGACUUAUUUCACAUGUGUGAAGAUUUAGAAAAUUUAGAAGGACUUCAUCAUUUGUAUGACAUAUUCAAAAGUAUAUUUUUAUUGAACAAAAACGCACUGUUUGAGAUCAUGUUCAAUGACGACGUCAUCAUGGAUAUAGUGGGUGUCUUGGAAUACGAUCCAGCAUUACCUCAGCCUGCAAAACAUCGAGAGUACUUAAGUAAAACAGCAAAAUUCAAGGAAGUUAUUCCCAUUACAAGCCAAGAGCUACUUCAGAAGAUCCAUCAGACUUACAAAGUGCAGUACAUACAAGAUGUCAUAUUGCCUACCCCAUCUGUGUUUGAGGAGAAUAUGUUAUCAACACUAGGUUCUUUCAUCUUUUUCAACAAAGUGGAAAUUGUUGGAAUGAUUCAGAAUGAUGAACGUUUUUUGGAGACACUGUUCAAGCAGUUACGGGAUGAAGAGACAGAUGAUGAAAAGAGGGGAGAUCUGGUUUUAUUUCUCAAGGAAUUUUGUACAUUUUCACAGACUUUGCAGCAGCAAAAUAGGGACUCCUUUUUUAAGGCUCUUUCAAACUUAGGUAUUUUAUCAGCACUAGAAGUUAUUUUGGGUCUUGAAGAUCCAGUGAUGAAGUCAGCUGCCAUUGACAUUUUUUCCUUCAUAGUUGAGUACAGUCCGUCCAUGGUGCGAGAGUUUAUACUGCACGAAGGCCGGAUACAAGAUGAUGUGAGCAAGCCAUUUUGUGAAGAUGACUUGCUGAUCAAUCUUGUCAUAGAACAAAUGGUUAGUGAUCCAGAUCCAGAACUUGGUGGAGCAGUGCAGUUAAUUGGAAUUAUAAGACUACUGAUUGAUCCUGAAAACAUGCUGGCAACUGCCAAUAAAACUGAGAAAACAGAGUUCCUUAGUUUCUUUUACAAGCAUUGUAUGCACGUUAUGACUGCACCCUUGUUUGCAAACACAGUUGGUGACAAACCAAACAGAGAUGACUAUCGCACUGCUCAGCUGCUGGGACUUACCCUAGAGCUUCUGGCCUUCUGUGUGGAGCACCACACUUACCACAUCAAGAAUUACAUAAUAAACAAGGAUCUGCUGCGAAGAGUUUUGGUGCUUAUGAAUUCCAAACACGCUUUCCUUGCGUUGUGUGCUUUGCGGUUUAUGCGACGAGUUUUGUCUUUGAAAGAUGAAUUCUACAAUCGCUAUAUUAUCAAAGGGUGUCUCUUCCAGCCUGUAGUGGAUGCCUUCAAGGCAAAUGGGGACAGAUACAAUCUGCUCAACUCUGCAAUCAUAGAAAUGUUUGAAUUUAUAAGAGUGGAGGAUGUGAAGUCUGUUUGCUCUCACAUAGUAGAGGUGCAUUACAAAGCAUUUGAGCAUGUAGACUACGUGCAGACCUUCAGGGCCCUGAAAUUGAGAUAUGAUCAGCAACAAGAGAGAUUAAAAGACAAAACUGCAUCUUUAGAAAACACGCCCACAAUACUUCGAAAUAAUCGGUAUCGACGAGAUGCUCGUACCUUGGAAGAAGAUGAGGAAAUGUGGUUUGAUCAGGACGAUGAUUUUGAAGAUGGCGAUACCAUGAAACCUGUUAGUGAAAUGCUCAGUAAAAAACUGGAAUCGGACUUUGACCAAAUAAACAAGUAUUUGGAGAGCCGGAGAGUUAUGGGUGUUUCUAAGGAGAAUGAAUUUCGAGAUUCUCCGCCACGCAUGAACAACAGGACCUCACCUAUCAAUAUAAAUCUCAAGACUAGUCCAAGCAAUAGUCCCGUGCAUAGUCCUUUGACCAGUCCUGUGGGGAGUCCUGCAAGCCCUAAUGGGACACCCACACCGCCCAAAGAGGAAGUCAAACCAAAUAAUGUAGUCACAAACAAGCCUCUAGUGGGUUUAGUGGACUAUCCAGAUGAAGACUCGGAUGAGGAAGAAGAGGAGGCGGACCAAUCUAGCAUGCCUGCAGCAAAGCGACCUAGAUUGGCAAGCUAACUACUUUCAACUUGCAGAUUCUUACAUGUGCAAAGUACAGUUCAGAAUUUGUCACAUAAACAGAGGUUGAUUGAGAUUGCAUAGAAAGUACAAUCUGUCUUAACUGGUGGCAGUUACCUGAACUGAUCUUCAUAACUCAAUGAAAUGCAACUCAGGCGGUACUGACAUAGUAGCCAAGUUUUUUUUGCAGAUAAACGAAAAAAUAUAAUACUGAGGGACCACAGCAAGCUAAAUCAGCAAUUUUUGUUUUGAUUGAGAUUUUUUUUUUUUUGUCUGGAACAUUGUCAGGGCAUUGCUGCUGUGACUGUCUGGUGUGACCUUAUUAACCAUCCAGCCAACUGUUCACGUGUGAGUUCAGCACAGCAAUAACCCCAGUCUAUUGUAAUAUCUUAUCAAAAUUGAAUUAGGUUGCUGAUUAAGACAGCUAAUGUGUUUAGUUCACCUCGCAAGCAUUGAUACAGUGGUAAGAUUAUGGGUAAAAAAGACCUCGUACAUUCUGUGCUUAUAUGACUGGGGUAGGUGUACUGGUAGGUUCUAGUAAGAGAAAAAAUGUGGAGACUUCUCAAGAGCUGUCCCACCUUUACAAAAUAAUGGGAUGCAGUUCUCUGCAUCAGACAUAGAACAUGCCAGCUUACUGUAAUUAGUUUUUUGAGGUUUGACGUCCUACAAAAAAACAAAACAUUUACAGUCUGCCUCACAAUUGUGAUCUCAUUAUCCACUUCAGAUACUUAUUCUAGUUCUUGUGUGCCCAUGACUAAUGUGUAAAUAAUAGCUUUAUCUCUAGAGCAGUACUUGUCAUGUCCAUGCAGUUUUCUGAUAGUUUUGUACAAACAAAGAUGUAUUUUAUUCUACAUGCAUGGAAUAGGCAUUUUAUCAAGGUGUAUAUAGUUAAUUGAUUCUUUGACAAGUGCCACAGAAUUUUUAAGCCUAUUAUUUUACCACCAGCUUGUGAAGUUGGAGGUAAAGAGGUUAGUCGAGUUCAUAAUAUUUUCAUCAUUAUUAUUUUUCAAAACUUCAAUCAAUUUGUAUGGCAUAAUUUCCCAUCUGUUUUUUCAAAGGAUCCUUGUAAUACCUUUUAUCAUGUAGUUUUAUUUAUUUAUAAUGAUUAUGAUUAUUAUGUUUAUUUAUUAUUGUUGUUAUAAUUUUUUGCAUUUAAAAGUAUAAUGAUCUUUUCGUUGGUGGUACAAUCAAGUCACAUGGUGACUCGUAUAGAGUGUAGUAAAAGCAUGCUGAAUUAGCAUGCAAUUUUCAUAUCCAUUUCUUUUAUUAGAGACCAGUUGCCUCACAAGUGAACAGUAGAACAUUAUGGCUGAGAGGAGUAAAUUGACCAUUUUUUUCACCAGAUGCAGUGAAUUGCUGCUAGGACUCUUUUGUCAGUGGUUCAUAGACCAAUGGUUAAUGUUGUUACCUAUUUUAGGAAAAAAUUUUCAAAAUUGCUCUUUUGUUAAUUACGUCUUAUCUUUUAGAAUGCUUCUUUUCAUAGUUUUAUUAAAACAUGUCACCAUUAUAUGAUAGAGCUGCAGUUUAAGUCCGAAAACCAGUCUAGAGAAGCAGGUUGGGAUCACUACCACUUUAAAGUGAGACGCUGUUCAAAACUUCAGGGACGCAUUUAAAAUGAAAUUUUUGUAUGAGCAUAACAGGAAUAUAAGUAUUGUAUUGAGAUGUACCAUCAAAAUGAGGUAGUUUUUUUUUAACCACGGAAGAGGAUUUCAAUUGUGAAUAAUUUUAAAUUAUAUUCUAAUGUGGAAUUCUGCAAAGAACAUAAAUAGAUGUAAUAUGUGGUGUACAGUUGUGUAGUAUUUGAGUGUGUCAUUAGUCAUCAUUGCGUAUAUUAGUGCACCGGAGAUCAAAUGGACCUUUGCAGGGUUAAGAUAACUGUAUCCCAAGUGCUGUAUCGAGUACAAAGCUAAUAAUUUAUUAGCCCCAAGAUAUAUUUUGUUAUGGUUGCUGUCAUUGAGGAGCAGAGGUCUAUUUAAUUACUCCUCUUCAUUUUGAACAUUUUUUUUUAAAUUGAGAAAACGGUACCAAAUUCUACUUUAGCAGACAGACAUGACUCUUACCAAAAUAAAUCAGAUAUUUUUUUUUCUUGGCAGUUUUCUGCCUUCAGCAGCCCCCAAAUCCCCAGUCACAAGGCCACCAAGCCAUUUCUUCCCACUUUUCUCUUACAACCCUAAAUCAUGUCUUAGUAGGUUUUCAAUAUUGUACCUUGAAACUUAUGAUCAGCUGCUGUUCACUUUAACUCAAUUUUGUUAUGUUAUUAUUCACUGAUAUGUUUGGUAAUUUCUUGGUAAGCUUAAACUGCUGAACAAGCUAAAAGAUCUGAAGUUUCACUAGUGGCCUUGAAAAGGGGUGCAAAGUUGUAAUUAAUGAAGGGGGUGUGCAGUUUUUGAGAAGCAAGUAUUUUAAUGUCAGUCUUAAGCAUAUAAGACUUGUCAACAAGAGUUGCAUACAUUACUGCAUCAUGUAUUCAGUUAUGAAAUGUGUAUGUUGACACUAAUUAAAAGAUUUUUAUCUGUAAACCACAUACUAUAUUACACAAAAUAAAAUGAUGCUUGUAUGAAAUUUUAUUUCAA